GAAUAGAAAAUCCUUUCAUGAAAUGUUGCCUAAUUAAACUUCAUUACCCAUGAUGCCUUUCGAUGCGCAGCCUCAAACUGAAACUAUUGACGUGAAACUCAAAUCACAGGCGGGAGCCAGAUGCGUAGCCGUAGAAAGUUUUUACUCCGGUACAUUUAAACUUUUUUUUAGCACUUUAAGCCACAUUUUAGUCGAGUUUUUAUCCUGAUCGACUGCGACGUGAAAUUUUUAGUCUUUUUGUCGGAAAGGGAAAAGGAAAAACGACACGUUUUUUCGACGUAGAAGCGACGUAACCGAGCGAGAAGAGCCGGGGAGAGAUUCACUCACUCAGAUUCAACAUGAUUCUGAAAGGGCAGAAACGUAAACACCCCCACGAGGAUGUGGUGGUUUUGGACCAGAGCGGCCCCCUCUGGGAGAGCCAGCGGCAGUUCGUCUUCUCCGUGUCACUGAACAAGUACCAACGGACCCAGGAGCUAGCAGAGCCCAGCCUGCGGCGCUCCGUUCUUAUCGCCAACACUCUGCGACAGAUCAGCCUGGACACGAGCACGGCGCCCCCUCUGGACGAGGAGGAGUCACUGCCUCCGUGCGGCUCCUCGUUAGUGCCGGAGGAGAUGGAGGGAGACGGCGUCUCGGCUGGAGCCAAGCAUCAGUCGGCGGUGUCGAUGCACUGUGGCUGCCCUGUGGUUUCUUUAAACUGCCUUCAGAUCUGCGCUGCGAGCAGAUCGUGUCAUGUGAGUGACUCUGAUGUCCCCGCGACUGCAGCCGAGGAAGAUGAGGACUGGGGAUCGAUGUCCACAGAAUCAGAUCUUUCGCUUUCAGCUGCAAUUUCCUCCAUUCUGACUGCACUGGACUCUACUGUGGAUGGUGAUCCUCAGGCAGCUCUUCGGACACCUCUCAGGUCCUUGGAGAACCUGUCUGGAGCCUGUAAAGGAGGUGUAGCGUUGGCGAGCAUUAGUUGGGAUCAGCAAGGAGAGAGCAAGGUGCCAGAGGGCGGCACGGAGGUGACGAGGACCCAGCACAUGGACGAUGUUACAAUGGAGGACCUGUUUCAGGAUAUAGACACGUCCCAGCUGGAACGGGACAUGGGUGUGCUCGGGCUCCAGAGCGGCGCUGGAUUAUCCAGAGCGGAUGAGUUCAUUCGCUACAUCCCGCCUCUCUCUCAGUCCGCUUCCUCCUCGUUCUCCUUUUCUCUCAACUCCAAUCUGAAGGGUCUGCCGUCGUUCUCCUCCUUCAGCCCCCUGUCGUCCACCGCAUCGCCGUCCUCACCGGGGUCCGCUUCGUUCUCUGGCCCGGGUCAAGCCAGGGAAGGCCUCGAGCUGGAACAGCUGAUGGAGAUCUUGGUGGAGUCUUGAUUGUUUCGACUGUAUUAAAUCAAAUAAAUUCUUUUCACUGUGAAAAUAGUGAACUCCGUCUGAACUCAUAGGGACAAGAGCUGAAUUGUUACAUACACUGUCAGCUUUGUGUUUUUAUAGAUGGUCCUCAAAAAGUAGCACAUUAUGGUGAUUAGAAGGUAGGAAGAAAUCUUAAAAUGUAGAAAAAGUUGAUGUCCAAGACAAGAGGUGCAUUAAGAUGGCAACGAGAGGCUGAAUCAUCUGGCAGCUUUUGAUAAGAACGUCCAAGGAUUUGUAAAGUAAGGACAGUAUUAAAAAAAGGAGUAUUUACAGAUAUAAAGGCUGUAUAUUAAUGGUUAUGCAUAAAUACACUCAAACAAGUCAAAUCAUUUACAAACUUGCAUCUAUUUUCCCUAAAAGUUUCAACAUUAAGGUUUUAUAGAAAGAAAGCUCAAGUUUGAGUUUUUACCCAAUCACUAGUUCAUUCUUUCAACUUUAUAUCAGAUGUUGUGUAAUGUGUUUUAUUAAGACUUAACAGCAUACAUGUGACUCGUCACAUCAAACCGGGUCACUAAAAGCCCGUACGAUCAAAUUGUACAUUUGUAUUUGUAAAGAUAAAUGCAAACUUAAACUUUGUUUUAAACGGUUCCCUCUCAGAAAAUGUUCAGGUUUGUAAAAUGAUUGCCACCUUUUUACCUGUACACCUUUUUUUGUGUUUUCUUUUUACCACGUUUUUGUUUUGUUGCUGAACUGAAGGUCAAAUCGCAGUUAAAACUGUGAGGAGUGAGCACAAAAAACUGCUUAUUUUUAAAAAUAAAUUGUUAAGCGGUGAAUCAUGAUGCAACGAUCAGCAUUUUUUCGCUGUUCAAAGUGUGACUCAGCAAACUGAAACUACCUGCAUGACUCAUGCAGAGAAAAUGAGACGUUUCCUGCUGGUUAGACUGAAGCAGUACCAGCACCAGGACAACAGGUGGCGCCAGGUGUGUGAUCAUCUGUUCUGACAGGUCAAAUGAAUGAUUGUGAUGCAGGAAACAAAAACAGCUGAAACACUAAUACUCCAGCUCACAUCUUCUGUGAAGAAAUCCUCCAGGAGCUCCCAGGAAAUACUGUACUCUGAAUGAGGAAAAUAUCCUAAAACUGUAUUUUUAUUAGUGUUUUUAUGUCAGGUGUUUAUUUAAUUUGUAUUCCUCGGUUUAUCCAAACCAUCCACAUCCAGGCUGAAAAACGUUUUGCUGGAAGAGUUUCCUCUCGGUGUAAUAGUUCCACAGAGCUCCAGGUUGUUUUAAUUUGUUUUUUUAUCGGAGUCCUGGUUUUAUUAUGCAGAAACUCUGCUGUUCAUGUUAAAGAUAUUUGUUGUAAAGUCAUGAAGACUGAUUAAUAAUUAAAGUGUUCAUAAAUUAAAAUCUGUAAACGAGUUUAUAAAAGCAGCUGAAGUGACAGAAAAUAGACUAUUAAAGCUGGAUGAAGUCCAGCAGUAUUAAUUUAAUGUUUGCAUCAUUUUGUUGGGUAAAGUAUGCAGAUUCAAGUGUUUACAUUGAGUGCAUGCCUGCAUUUCAUACAUGCAUAUCAGUUUAUCUGGAAAACAACCACGUUUUCUGUGUUUGACUUUAUACUUUACAACAGAUACUUUUCAAACUUCCUGAUUGGACUGUUUAGCAUCGAGCUUUUAGCCACAUUGGCUGAUAAAUCCUUCGCUCUGCACACAGUUCAGUUCUUAGAUUCUGCUCCUGUCCAUGUUUGUUUUUUAUAUACAUUAUUUUAAUUUUUUUUGUGGUUUACAUUUGAAUUGUUGCACUUUUGCAAAUAAUAUGCAUUUGUAAGUGUCAGUCAUGAGGAUGUUUCAUUGCUUUUUAAGCAGUUUAGUAAGUUUUUUAAAACAUUUGUUGUUAAUAAUUUUAUAUUUACCUGUAACUUUGCCAAAUAUUGAUGAGCAUUUAACCUGUAAUUGUUGACACAACCUGUUUUUUGUAAAUCUCAUCCUGUCCUGAAGCCUUGACUUAUUUAUAAAAGGCUCAUGUUGUAAACAAAAGGUUUUAUUUGACAUAAUGUAAGGAAAGAAUCACUAAUGGUAUUAAUAAAUACCACCAUGGCAGUUAUUUUAUUUACUUUGAUUGAAAUGUUUUGAAAUGGAGAGCAGAAUGCCCUCGUAUUUUGCAUUUUUUUUUAAAAAGUUAUAAUUUUUGGAUGUUUUUAAUAAAAACAUGAAUA